UAAUAAAGAUGCCUAGUGCGUGCUGUGUUCCUAAUUGUAAAAGUAAUUACACGAAAAAUAGCCCCAAUAUUUCAGUAUUUUCGUUUCCAAGAGAUGAAAACACUAGAAGAGCAUGGAUCUCUGCAAUAAAGCGGGACAAUUUCGUGCCAACUAAAUAUAGUAAGGUCUGUGCUAAACAUUUUCCAGAAAAUCAGUUUUUAACUGUUAGAGAAGCGUUUAAUACCAGUACAGGAGAACUUAUUCAAGUACCAAUGGAGUAUAAAAGGCUUGUACCUGGUGCUAUACCUUCAAUUUUCCCUAAUUUACCCUCAUAUUUUUCCUCAGAAUCAAAAGCAAGAAGAGAAACUCCAAUGGAUAGGACAACACGUAAGGAUAUGGAAAACUUAAAAGCAGCUUUAAAUAGCAGUCUCCAGGACAUAGCAAAAAAAAGAGGAGAGAAAGUUAAAAUUGUGACUUUAUUGCUAGAUGAAGAUCACAUAAAAGAAUAUUUUGAGUAUAAAGGUGGUUGUGUAACGGGCAUGUCGUGUGAUUCUGAAGCUUCUGCUUCUAGUGCCCAAGAAGAAAGCAGGAUUCUGCUCACGGCAGGCAAUCAUCCUCAUCGUGUGACGUCACAAACUAGUUGUGAGGCCUUGUAUUACGGAGGUCGUGGUUCUACUGGGGAAAAUGAGAUUAUAUUAAAGUGA